AAAUACAAAAAGAAAACAAAAUCCGAAAGCAGUCGCACGGCAUGUAAAGAAAUUGAAUUAGGAAUUUGUUAAAAUUGUUAAAAAAAAAACCUUGGAAAUAUGUCUGGAAAUCCUUUGGAAGGCGCCGUUGGUGGCGAUCUGAACAACAAUGAGACGGAAGUGGACACGGCAAAUGGACAGUCUCAGAAUGAGCUGCUCGAUAUGGUUUUCACAUUGGAGAGCGAGAAACAAGCACUGCUAGAAGAGUCUCGCAAAAGAAUUGGUGCUCUGCGUAAAGAUUUUGAGGAGGCACGAUGCGAAAAUGAGCGACUAAAAAAGCGAGUGGCAAACUUGGAGCAGUCCUUAAAGCAGUCGGUGAUGCUUGGCGGCACAGAAGCACCGAAAUCUCGACAAGAACAGGAGGAACUGUUGCUCAAAGCCAAAACUUUGCUGUUUGAAAAAACAAAAGUGAACAAACAGCAGGAACAACAGAUUGCCGUGCUCAAGAAUCAGGUUGAGUCAAUCAAGGAGGUGGUGCAAGUGACCAAGGACAUGUUGCAGCUGAAGACCACAGAGUGUGAGCACACUCAGGCCCGGUUGGAGAAGAGCCAACUGUGGAUCAAAGCCGAGCAGGAGAAGUGUGCACUGACCGAGAAGAAGCUAGUCAUAUCAAAGGGUGUCUACGACAAACUACGCACAGAAUAUGACACACAGUCCAAAAUAUUCAAGGAUCUUAAAUCGGCCUAUGAACAGAAGGUAAAGGUGCUAAGUCACGCAUUGGAGGAAGCCAAAAAAUAGUUGAACAAUUUAAUAAACUACAUAUGUUAAUUAAAUGCA